CAGUCUCUCCUCCAGACGUGCAGGUUCGUCUGUGGCUCUACCGUCCUUGCUCACAGGUGACUCCCAAACUGCGGCUACGUGCUCUGCGGGAUCCGAGGAAACCCCGGAGGUUUCCCUCGCAGCUCUGGCAUAAAAUUCAAGUCACGUCCAGAAAGAAGGGCAGGAAUUAGUUCAUCCUACAGGUCCCUGAGAAGAGCCCCGGUCCGCUCAGUUCGCCUCCCACUUUGCUUCCUAUAUUGUGUUCUUGACUGUUUCGCCGCUGUUAUCUGUUCAAACUUGAGGACAGCAUGACAGGAGGAUUGAAGGACGGAGACACAGAGGAGGAGUUUCUGCAUUCGCCGUUCAUCCGAAAACAAGGAAACAUAUACAAACCUAACAACAAAGACAUGGACAACGAAAGUCUUAACGAGAAGACGAUGGAGGAUGUCCACACCAAAGAGAUUGACCUGGUCAACCGGGACCCAAAGCACAUAAACGACGACGUUGUCAAGGUGGACUUUGAGGAUGUGAUAGCUGAGCCUGCUGGGACAUACAGCUUCGACGGCGUGUGGAAAGCCAGCUUCACCACCUUCACUGUCACCAAGUACUGGUGCUACCGGCUGCUGACGGCGCUGGUCGGCAUCCCCCUGGCGCUCAUCUGGGGAAUCUUCUUCGCCAUCCUGUCCUUCAUCCACAUCUGGGCCGUGGUGCCGUGCGUCAAGAGCUACCUGAUUGAGAUCCACUGCAUCAGCCGUGUCUACUCUAUCGCCGUGCACACCUUCUGCGACCCGCUGUUCGAGGCUAUGGGCAAGUGCUUCAGCAGCAUCAGAAUCCGCACCACCAAGGAGGUGUAGCAUCCACAACGAGAAGGAGGAGGAUUCACAGAAAGAGGGGAGGGAGGAUGGGAGGGCUAGAGCCACACAGACGGAGGGAAAAGUCAAAACAGAAAAGAAAAUAAAUAAACUCUGAGAAAACGAGAGGUGAGACUUUUCCAGAGCUGGGCGGGGCUUGUUUGGAAGUGAAUGGGCGUGGUCACUUGGCACCUGAUCCCGUCUUUUAUUUUCUGCAGCUGUUUUUCUCUCCAGUGUUGGUGUAACCAAAUGGGUGGGCACAGGAAAAUCAUAGGGUCGAUCUCUGGGGGUUUUGUUGUUAUUUUGUUUGUGUUCCUUUUUUUUUUUUGCCAUCUUUGUCCAAGAAACCAAGCUCCAUUUCUGUUUUCUGUUAUUUUUGCAACAUGACGUAAAUUCCCUCCAUUCUUCACUAUGUUCGUGGAGCGCUUCUCCCUUUUAUUGUUUUAUGUGAAGAGGGGAUGUCGGGCUGUAUCACUGUCAUCCCUUGCGCUUAUUUGUGGGGGGGGGGUUGAGCCGCUGGGUGGGGCAGGAUUGUGGGAUGUCGGGGUUGGGAAGGUCAAAGCAGAGAGAAUGAGCGAGCGCUGCCGAAUUCUAUCUGACUCAGCACAAACAAAACAACCCAGAAAGCCCAGCAGCAGCCGCAGCACGCCCUCCUUUUGCCCCCUGUGACCUCAAUCCCACAAAAACCAACCCCUCCUCUUUACCCGGCUUUUCCAGCAGUCUGACACACUGAACCUGCCCUCAUUCCUGCAUGCACCUGCGUCGCCUCGCCAGCAACUCGCCGUCCGCCACCACCACGCCCGCCACACAGCCUCACGAUGCAGAAACCGUCUGCGUCUCAGCUCACUUGCUCUGUACAUCAGCUUUUUUUUUUGUUCACCAUUAUCCUCAUUUUUAUGAAAGCGUGAGACAGAGAAUGUUAGCAUUUCAAUUUAGCAUCCCUUUUUUUUUUUUUUUUUUUGCUCAAACAUUGAUUUUCAGAACAUUUAAUAAUUCACUGCUUUUAAAUGCUCAUCACCGUAGUGGCAUAGUGAAUGCUUUUUUAUUUUCUACACUAUGAAUAUGAAGAACUUCACUUCAAAACUGUUGUUUUAAUAUCCUAUAUGUACUGUAUGGGUGUUUGUGCUGAGAUUUAAAAAAAAGCUAUGGUUGCAUUCCAGUGCACUAAUCUAUCAGAAAGUAUUUUAAGUGAAAAGCACUAAUAAAGAUCUCCUGUUAGAGUUUAAGCUAACUGUUGCACGCUCUAAAAGCUUGUGUGGAGAUUUUUCUUCGAGCUGUGGUACUUACGCAGGUUAAUGCAUUGGAAUAAACACAAUGUGAGGUUGAAUGCUUGAUUUUAGAUGCAUUUUAAUGUUGUUAUCUGGUCAUCAUUUUGCACCCUCCCCACUUUUGUCAACUUGUGUUUGUUUUGUUUUUUAACUCCCCCUUACUUUUUCCCUUUUGCUGCCCUACUUUGUGACUGUGGACACGGUGCUAAACAGCAUCAACCUGUUGCCUCCUACACCAGAGAUUGGUGAGGGGACAGCUGAGUGUAUACUUUUUAGAGGGUGGCGAUAUUUGGGAGGGGUAACGUUUCAUCGAGACACUAAGCUUGCUUCGACUCCGUCACAUUCAGUCUACUGUCUCCUGACACGGAUGGUAAUGUUAUAGCACCUGUUCUUUGAAGUGAGUGUUUUUAAGCUCAAAAGGUGAUAUUUUUUUAUAAGUACUGAUUUUCCUUCCUUGCUUUUACUGUUCAAUAUCACGCUGUGCACAUUAAAAUUUAAUAUAAUCCAGUG